AGAGAAAAGAAAACCCUCCUCUCUCCCACCGAAUCGAUCAACCAACCCAUGUCGUCCACAACAAAAGACCUCGAAACUCAAAUCCUCUCCUCUUUCCUCCUGUCUAGGGCUUCGCUCCAGGACAUAAUCUCCCUUCGACAGUUCACCGAGUUGUUCCCCAAAGACCAGCGUUCGAAUCCCCAGGUCAAGCUUCUCUAUAGAGAACUCCAGCUUCUCCGGAACAAAACGUGUGAGCGCGUUAAGAAGAACAUUAAGCAUGAGGCUGCGCUGGGAGUCAAGCAGCGUAGCGAGCUGGAGAAGGAACGGAGGGCGUUGAAACGCGUGGACGAUGAGACUAUGACUGCUAUUGAGUUAUUCGGUGCUGCACCAAUGGAACCGAAACUCCCGUUGAAGGAAUUGCUGAGCCAGAUGAAUUCUGCCGUGGAGGAUUUGGAUGCUGAGUUUAAUACUCUUGAUGGUGAGUGUGAUAAGAUGCUCGAGGAGCUCAGGUCCACUAUUGGGGAUCUCAGUGACCUUCGCUACGGGAAGUUUGCAGCCUCCGACACAGAUACGAGGAUUGUUCACGAUUUAGAGAGCUUGUAUGAUACUUGCGAAAGAGUCUUGAAUUCUCCGUAG